CGAGAGAUAUAUCCGAACUACAGGUAUGACCACAAAAAUACCGCGACAAAGCAGAAACGGAGUCGAAGAGCGGAGGGGCAUAUUUCUUCACCAACCCCUUUACCCAUCAGACGGUCAAAUUUGAAGUCUAAACCACGUAAGCCCUUUUGUUCAGUCCUGUUUCGGCUUUAUCUUCCUGAUGUAAUGAGCCUCCUUCCAGGUCCCCAAAAACGGCCAAGCCGCGCAGUCAGAGGAGUGUCCUCUUCCCAAGACACAAUGAUCAACACCAUGCAAGCGACCUCAUCGAACUAUAGGCGGAACAAAUGGCCGGUGGUAGACGGGACUCAAAGUGAUGUUUCUGCAUACCAUUCAGCCCCCCAAUCUUCUUCCUCGUUCCUGGGUGAAUUUUCUCAUCCACCGACGCUACCUCCAUAUUCUAGUCGGUUCCCAUUGUAUCCCGAGGCCCAAUCGGCAAUUUCAUCAACCUAUACCUGGCCUUCCUUCUCCCAGUCCACCAUGACAUACCCUUCUCUCUGCGCUUCGGGCUCUUCAACAAGUUUCUGGGAUCCUUCAAUAGGAGACAUAUAUCCUACUGUGCAGUGGCCAAGCGAACCGAAUCCGUACUAUCCCUACAAUGAGCAUGGAUCAGACAUGUAUCAAUCGCGCUACUCAAAACUGGGCAUUCCUUCAAGUUCCUAUUCUUCGGGCACGUUAUUCGAAGAGGGUUCGUCAUCCUCGAUAAGUCAAAGGGCUACCGAAUUAUCGGGACCAUCAUCCCAAGGUGUUUCCCUAUUUCCCUCAAACUCUUCAUGGCCUUCGCAAGAAUUCCUCUCGGAGUCACAGCCACUCGGGUUGUUUUGCUCGGAUUUGUCCGCGGAACCCUCGCAGGCCUAUCACGAGCCGAACGAACUUCCUCAAAACUACCCAACACAGAUGAUUCUGGAUGUACCGCAUCCGCCAUUGCCUCAGGCUACUUCUCAAUCCAACCUGCUAAGCCCACUCGCAGAGCUAACUCAUCAGGUCCCGAUGGGUUCCAACAAUGACAUCCCAAUGCUACCUUCUUUUGAGAUGGACUAUCCGAUUUGCUUUCCAGAAGCUGAUUUGAGAAUUCUGGACUCCCUUGAUUUCUGAAGUUAUGAAGUUGAAAGAACAGAUGGAAUAUAUACUGUAUUAUAUACCCUGUUGUUG